AUGUCUUCUUCUUCUUAUUUUCGAUCUUGGAUGGACGGACCGAUGCUCGAUCCAGAAUCAAAUUUAUUGAAUGAUGAGUAUGCUCGUGGUGUAGGCGAGUUUAUGGAGUUGGCAUGCCAACAACCGAUCGUUCUUCAAACACGUAAGUUGAAAUGUCCAUGUUCGAUUUGCCGGAAUUCUCACAAUAUUAGGAUUGAUUUAGUAUGGGGUCAUCUUUAUUCGAAUGGUUUUAUGCCGGGUUACAAAAUUUGGUUUCUCCAUGGUGAAAGACCAGAGUAUAUUAGUUCUAGCGAACCAUAUAUUGUUGAUAGCGUAGAGGAACCUAGAACAGAAGUAGAUUAUGGUGUGGGUAUUGUUGAGAUGGUGAAUGAUGCAUAUAGGGAAAAUAUGCAAUCGAUGGGUCAAAAUGUUGAUAGGUUAGAGGAACCUAAUGCAGAGGCAUGCAAGUUUUUUUCUAUGUUGGACGCAGCUAAGCAGCCGUUAUAUGAAUGUUGUAGGGAAGGUCAUUCGGCUUUAUCAUCUGCAAGCAGAUUGAUGACCAUAAAGACGGACUACAAUUUGGCUGAGGAAUGUGUGGAUGCGAUAACAGAUUUUGUGAAAGACAUUUUGCCUGAAGAUAAUCAUUUUCCAGGUACAUAUUACGAGAUUCAGAAAUUGGUCGCCGGUCUUGGUUUGCCGUAUCAAAUGAUAGAUGUAUGCGAAGAUAAUUGCAUGAUCUAUUGGAGAGAAGACGAAGAUAGGACAAGGUGUCGAUUUUGUCAAAAACCAAGAUAUCAGGAAACAAGCGGUAGGGUUCCAGUUCCAUAUAAGCGGAUGUGGUAUUUACCGAUCACAGAAAGGCUGAAGCGAUUAUAUCAAUCUGAGCGUACGGCUGGUCCAAUGAGAUGGCACGCAGAACAUAGAUCAAACGGAGAGAUUACACAUCCUUCAGAUGCAGAAGCAUGGAGGCAUUUCCAAUCUGUGUAUCCAGAUUUUGCGUAUGAGCCAAGAAACGUGUACCUAGGAUUAUCUACAGAUGGUUUCAACCCAUUUGGAAAGCAUGGAAGGCAAUAUUCAUUGUGGCCAGUAAUCGUAACACAUUAUAACUUACCGCCAUCUUUGUGCAUGCGUCGAGAGUUUCUUUUCCUUUUGAUUUUGGUUCCCGGUCCAGAUCAUCCGAAGAGAUCUCUUGAUGUGUUUCUGCAACCGUUGAUAUAUGAGCUGAAAAUGUUAUGGGAUCAUGGUGCUACAGCAUAUGACGUUUCAACCAAGCAGAAUUUCCAGAUGCGUGCAGCACUUAUGUGGACGAUUAGUGACUUUCCAGCUUAUGGGAUGCUAUCUGGAUGGUCAACUCAUGGAAGCUCGUCACCUUUAUCGGCGUUCGAGGACAUUGUUUUGGAAGAAUAA